AUGUUGAUGGAAUACUGCCCAUGGGAUUUAUCAAGGUAUAUCAAAAAGAACAGAUGCGUUGAAGACAAGUAUAUGGCCAAGUACUGCUAUGAAAUUCUCAAAGCCAUCAAAGCUUGCCAUGAUCUGAAUAUUGCACAUAGUGACAUCAAGCCAAGUAAUUUACUGAUCGAUAACUACGGAAGAAUCAAAGUCUGUGAUUUCGGACUUUCUUCCUAUCAAAACGAUCAAUCUUCCAAGUCUGAUUACAAAGGAACACUUCUCUUCCUUCCUCCAGAAGCUUUCAAAGGAAAACCUUACAACCUCCUGAAAGCUGAUGUUUGGGCCAUUGGUGCCACUUUCUACUUUAUGGCAACGGGCAACUAUCCUUUCAACGCUACCUCAUAUUUGAAUUACGUCAGAAUGAUCAACAGUGGCGAAAUACCCACUGAAAAGAUAUCUGACAUAUAUUUGAGAGACGUUAUUGAGCAUUGCCUCGUUAUAGAGCCAGAAUAUAGAGCUACAGUUGACGAAUUACUCGAACUUCCUUAUUUCGCAAGAUUCACAGCCGCUCCUGUUACAAGACCAAGAAAAGUAUGUGUUAGAUCCAUGUCACAAGUUCAAAAAAUCGUAAAACCAGUGACUACAAAAUUAAUGAAACAGAAGUCAGAGAAGAAUCAUAUGUUUAUGUAUAAUAUGAGAAUACAUAGAGCAUAA